UCCUCGGGACAAUUCCCUUUUGUUUUGGGUCAGCUCGGGCUCGGAGUUUAGCUUAGCUAGCAAGGCUGCGCGGUUUCUCAGACACCCAACGGCAGCUUCCAUCGUCUUUAUGCCACCUUUAUUAUUUUAUACCCAACACCAGGAGCGCGUUUACAGAGCUGUCAAUGUGAUAAAAGAACGUUUUAUUGGCUAAUUGUUUGGCUAGCUAGGAUUAGCAUAAUCAGAGAUGGGGCGAUAUUUACAUGUUUACUCGGAUAUCUGAUUGAAUUUAUCCUACGCAGAUUAAGUGUUUAUUUUCUGCUUUGUUUCACAGAGACUCGGCUGUCUGAACGGCAGGAUCCGGCCCUGAUCUUCCCAAUGGGCGAGGAGAAGCCGGAGACGCUGGAUUUUGUGAAGGACUUUCAGGAGUAUCUGAGCCAACAAACCCAACAUGUGAACAUGAUCUCAGGCUCUGUGAGCGGCGUGAAGGACACGGAGGACGUCCCGACAGAUCUGGGACAUAAUGGACUCGAUCACCCACCAGUGGACAUUUCUCUGGAGGACGGGUCCAACAUGCUUGUGGACGGUUUUGAGAGGACGUACGACGGGAAGCUGAAGUGUCGUUACUGUAACUACGCCACCAGAGGAACGGCGCGGCUCAUAGAGCACAUCCGCAUCCACACAGGUGAAAAACCUCAUCGUUGUCAUCUCUGUCCCUUUGCCUCGGCGUAUGAGCGCCACCUGGAGGCCCACAUGCGCUCUCACACCGGCGAGAAACCGUAUAAAUGCGAGCUCUGUGCGUUCCGUUGCAGCGACCGCAGCAACCUCUCACACCACCGCCGGCGACGACACAAAAUCCUCCCCACCAAGGGCACCCGCUCGGCCCCUCCUUCUCACCGCCGAACAAUCUCGGCACUCUCGAAACGGGGCGGGGCUUUCGCAUACGGUCGCCGCAUCCUCGUCGACCUAGGCCUGCACAGGAAAAACGACGCUGACGAGAACAGUGGCGCUAAUGAUGAGAGGAAUGACCUUCACAGUCCCUACGUCAGUUUGGCUGCAAAAGAUGUGGAGAAAACGAAUGAUUUGGAACACAACCCACUCAAUCAGCUCUCCGCUUUGGCCGGGCAACUUUCCAGCCUCCCUUCUGAGACGCCGGCUUCUCCUAGCGCAGACUCCCUUCCUGAAGAAAAACCCUCUUUCCUUAUACAACCAUCAGCCGCGGUUUCCAGCAACGUCUCCUGUCCCAUCGUGACGCUCACGCCAACGCCGGACAUUCGGGACGCAACCCACGGGGGGCAGUGCAGCGACCGGACGAGCACGCCCAGUAACAGCGGCACGAACAGCCAGCCGGGAACACCGAACCCGAACCACGAGCCGCAGCUGCUCCAGCACUGCCCCCACUGCCACAUCUACUUCCCUGAUAACGUCCUCUAUACCAUUCACAUGGGUUGCCAUGGCUAUGAAAAUCCCUUCCAGUGUAACAUUUGUGGCCAUAGGUGCAGAAACAGGUACGAUUUUGCCUGCCACUUCGCCCGAGGACAGCACAAACAGUAAACCUCUACAACUUGGAAGAGACCAGAAGUUUUUCCGUUCAGCGUUACUGUAGGAUAUUGUAGUUAUGUACAGAUCUGGGAAAUGACGCAUUCAAUGAUGUCCCUCAUUGCAUUUAUGCUAAAAAGAACAAAAACAUGGCAGCUGGCAUUCCACUUCUAGGAUGAACAGCACAAUCCAAACAGAUAAUCAGAAAUAGGAAGUGCCCCCCCCCCCCCCGACCUUUACAAACAGAGGCUCAGAAUGCCCCCCCUCCCCUUCUUCCCACCAUGACGUCAUAGGCAUUGCUGGAAGUCGCUUACAUGAUUGUGUAUGCGAUCGCGGAACAUUAAUUAACUGAUGCACCCACCACCUGGUUUCACUUUAAACUUCCUGUUUUGGAUUGAACUGCUGUCACACAGGAUGCAGGAUUGUGUUUUGCAUUAAAAAAGUACCUAAACACUUCACUAGAGGGCAGCACGUGGAUGGAGGAUCAGGGUAGGACUGGCUGGGGUACUACUUUCUGUUUUAUCCUCCACUCAAGAUGCCAUAAUGUAAAAUACCAAGAAGGAGCAGACCAGAAUAGAAAAAAGUAUAUGCUAAGUAAUUUAUAACUCGUUUAUUCUCUUGUUUAUAAGAAGUUAACAAUCUUUUGUGUAGAUUUUUGUGGAUUUUUUAAUCAGGCAGCUACUGGACACCCAUGCCUCCCUGAUCUAGCUCAUUAAGGGAACUGUGGUUAUGAGUAUUGAAUAAGGUAUGCGUUGAUCAUCAGACAGUUAUCAUGAUAUUCAGGAUGCAUGAGAUGGUUAUGGAGCUUCUGAGGGUUGCAGAUGACGGUAGGUGAUAUCGUAUGCCGUGAUAAAAGUUGAGGUAACUAUUGUGGUAUGAAAAUAAAUUUUAUAUAUAUAUAUAUCGGCACAUGACUAGUAUUGAAUAGUUGAUAAAGUUGUAUUUAGCUGUAAAACUUGGAACAGUUUUUAAAGCGACAGUUCAACCACAUGUCCACAAAUGUCCAUGGUGUCUGCUUCUACCACAGAUGAAGUCAGUCAGUGGGUGGAACGUGGUGGCUUGGUGGUUAAGGUGAAUAACAGGGUUAUUCAUUAGAAGGUUGUGAGUUCAAAUCCCACCAUCACCAAGUUACCCUUGUUCAGUUCUUGAACAUGACCAUUAACUCCAUUGUGCAGUUGUAUCCCUUCUCAGUUGCAAGCCACUUUGGAUAAAAGUGUCAGGUGGAUGAUCAAAUGCAAAUGAGGUAUUUGAUGCUUGAAGGUCACGCCCUUCUUUUUUGCACUGGAGCUACACAAUUCCAGCUAGCCAACAUAUAACAGAAGCUUAUAGGCUCCAGUUUACAGGGUUCCUGCUGGCUCUCGUCAUUGACGAACAUCAUCCAUCAGUGACAAAGCGAAAAUUACUAGCAGUCAUCACAGUGACGAAUGUAUUUGUCAUCUUUAUCGUUAUCGCAAAUUAUAUUUUCUAGAAAUCCCUCCACGAAUCCCUACGUUUGCCAAAAUCCAACUGCAGUGAAGAGACGGUGGGAAGCUAGAGUGUAAACAAUGAGCACAUGCUUGUGACCAAUAAAAGUCAACUACACAUAAUGACCAAAUGAGUGCCAAGUUUUUGACCAAUCGAAGUGCAUCUUAAUCCGCCUGGUGUGCUGGUGUAAUUAUCUCUGCAUGAACCAAACAAUGGCACAGUCUAAACAGACAAAGUUUUUUGGGUGGGGUUUUUCAAGCAAUGAAAAUGAUUUAAGAGCUGAAACAGCCACGGGGGAGGCACACUCGGAGCCCCGACUGUCCCCGAGCUCAUCAGACAGUAUUGGUAAUACAGGGGUUGGUAAAAAACACUCACAGCCCCAACCGUCCCCGAGCAUGUUGAACAGUGUCGGUAAUACAGGGGUCGAUAACAAAAAAAUAAUGCCAAAGUGAAAGUGCUGUCAGCCGUGGCAAGUAACUGAAGGGAGCUACAUUUCAGGUGGCUAAACACUUAGGGGGGCACUUUCAGGCAUGGCGUGUUGAGUUCCUGCAGCUAACAUGAUGAAAAAUGCAGUGUUAUGCUAUGUUCAGCUUGUAAAUUGAUGGGAAAAUCAAAUUCCUUCACUGUUGGUUGUUUGAAGAUUCUUCUUGACUCUGUUCAGAAGCAUGCCAAUACAAAAGACCACAAGCAGGCUCCUACUGACGAAAGAAGUUUGGGGUCAAUGGCCCGGGCUAUUGAAAAAAGGUGCAAAUCUGAGAGUGGAGCGGUUCUGAAAGCUAUGAAAACUGUGUAUUAUUUGGCUAAGACAAGUUGUCCUACUUUGGACUUUGGUGACAUGGUAGACUUUCAGAUCGCCCAGGGUGUUGAAGGCUUGCAAGAUCUUUGUGUCGAUAAACAUAGUAACUGUAGACGACAGUUCUAUUAAAGAAUUUCAGCGAGCCAUCGCUAAGGUUAUGGUGGAUGAUCUGUUGAAGGAACUUUGUGACUCUGGGAUGUUUGGAAUUAUCCUGGAUGAGUCAACAAACAGGGCAACUGAAAAAAACUUGAAUCCUCAUUAUAAAAUACCAUACACGUGGUCAUGUGAAAACUAAAUUUCUCUGUCUCACAGAUCUUGAUAGUGGUACAGCUGAUGCAGUGUAUCAAACUGGUGUUAAUAUAGGGUUGGAUCUUAAGAAUUGUGUUGUUGCUACUCAUGGGGCCUCUGUAAUGGUAGGAACCCGCUCAAGUGUCACCACGAGGUUGAAGCAGGUCUGUCUGUUUAUUGCAUCAGUGCACUGUAUUGCCCACAAGCUUGGUCUUGCAGUUUCUCAAGCUGUCCCGUACCUGGACACUUACCAGGAGACCCUCAAUGCCAUUUACAUCUACUGUCAUUAUAAUCACAAGCGUCAGCCAACUGUCAAGCAUAUUCAAGAAGUAUAUGAACAAGCACAAAUUAAAUUUAAGCAGGUGUUUGAAACCAGGUUGUAAAGGUCGCCAAUAAGUCUACCUUUUUAUAUGGCUAAAUGUUUAAGAAUGUAUAAAGUAAUUCUUGUUAAUUAGUAUCGCCAUAUUAACAUUGUAAGUCAUUGCCAAUUAUCAAUGUAUGCCACGGAUUUUGGGGAUGCGAUGUCUUUAAAUGGAUGUCACUAGGCCAGAGGAAGGGGUGGGGGGAAAAAAUUACCUGGAGGAAGAAGCCGGAGGUGAGCGCGUGGCGUUUGAGAGUCUCCAAGCUUGGAUUACCGCGUCUGUUCUCAUGGGAAUUUUUUUUUUUACCUACCAGACUGUUGGAUUACGGCAAGUUUUGGAACAUAUUUCUCUGGACGCAUCAACUGGCGAGGUUGCGCUUUCUUCUUUUAAUUACCGGAAGCGGUGUCUCGUCAGACUAUGAGCGCCUCCCUCCGUGGCACGUGUGUUUUCCUUUUCAUUUGGGAUCUAUAUUACGAUCGGACUGGAUUACCCUAAACCUUGACUUUGGGCCUAAUAGGGAAGCGAACUCAAGGGACAUUUUAGUUUUUUUUCUUUUUUGGGGGUUUCAUUCUGUUUAAAAGCGGCGGCCACUCCGCACUUCCUGAUUUAAGCAGCCUGAGCAGCCGAUGUUUGUGUUUGAAUUACAACUUCACCAAUUUUA